CGUACAACAUUAUUUCCUGAGCGCUCAGUCUUCAGCGAGCGUGCGUCGGCAUUGGCAGCAAGUUGGCUAAAAAACACAGCACGACUCCUUCUUAGUGACCAGUGCCACCUGCCACCUGUCUCCCACCCACCACCGUCCCCGAUCUCUAUAGUUCUCGACCGAUCGAUAUUUUUGCUUGCCCAACCGAUUGCAACGCUCAGCAGCAAAUUGGCGCCGCCGACGAAUCUCGAGCCCUACACCAUGGCUGUCAUCACGGAACAUGGCGGCACCACCUCUCCCCCGGAAAACAACAACAGCAUCGUUGGUAACGGCAAGCCACGGCUCGCCAACAACACCACCAGGCAACAGUUGAGCACGGCCCUCACCAUACCGGAGUUCUUUGCCCACAAAAACAUUUUCGUAACCGGCGGCACUGGAUUUCUGGGCACUGUCCUGAUCGAAGCCCUUCUGGACACACAUCCCAAUAUUGGCACUAUCUAUGUCCUGGUCCGGGGAAAGCGUAAAUUCGAUGCCAGCGAACGAAUUCGUCGACUCCUCCAGAAGCCGAUUUUUGCAAAGUACUCCGAGAAGACGCUGGCGAAGGUUGUGCCCGUGGUGGGGGAACUGAGUGAGCCCAACUUUGGAUUCGGACCCGAGCUGCUCCAGGAGCUGAUCGACAAUGUGAACGUGAUCUACCACAGUGCCGCCACCAUCAAGUUCAGCUCCCCGCUGCGCACCGCCAUCCGCACAAAUCUCACGGGUACCAUGCGCACCAUCGAGCUGGCCAAGCAGCUGAAGCACCUGGCCGCCUACAUCUACUGCUCCACGGCCUUCUGCAACAGCAACAACCGCGGCCUGAUCUCCGAGGAGGUGUACAAGUCGCAGUUCGAUCCCUACGACAUGAUGAAGAUGGCCGAGGACGAUUCGGCCUGGGAGGACUUUACGGAUCAAAAGUGCAAGGGAUACAUCCGGGAUCAUCCCAACACGUAUACGUUUACCAAGAACCUCUCGGAGAACCUGCUGAUGGCCGAGAUGUCCGGAUUGCCGGCAGCCAUAGUCAGGCCAUCAAUUGUUUACGGCACUCUGGAGCACCCAAUGAAGGGUUGGGUGGGCAACGCCAACUCCGGACAUCUAGGAUUCCUGGCCGGAUUCGUGAAGGGUAUUUUCCGAACCAUGUGCGGAAGUGCAAACGCUGUGAUUGAUAUUAUUCCAUGCGACUAUGUGAUCAACUCGUCGCUGGUUAUGGGCUGGUACGUGGGCACCCGCCAGGUGGAACAGCCGGAGAUUAUUCACUGCACCUCCGGGGAGGUCAAUCCGCUGACCCUCUCCGAGUUCUGCACCAUCAUCAACGACAGCGUGGAGCGCCAUCCGCCCAAUAGUUUCGUGUGGAAACCAGUCACCAAGUUGCGCAACGGCUGGCGGUACAAUCUAUUCUUCUAUCUCUUCCAUUUGCUCCCGGCAAUGCUGUUUAUAAUUCCAGAGAAGCUUUUUGGCAUCGGAAUGCCCCAGCAUACGGCCUACGAGUACAUGCGUGUCUUCCAAAAGGGCACCAAGGCCUUUGACUACUUCUUGGACAAGGACUUCCGCUAUUCUCUGAAGAAUGCGCUGAGAAUCUCAUCCAUAAUUCACGAGAGUGAUCGGAAGCGAUACAACUUCGAUGCUAGUCAGUGCGACUGGUCGGAGUUCAUUGAUCGCUGCCUGAUUGGCAUCCGGCGCUUCUACUUCAAGGAGUCGGCGGUGACCACUGAAUGGCACCGUAACUACUGGAAGGUAUUUAACUUCCUGUACUAUGCCGGCUAUGCUGUCAUCUUCGCCGUCUUGUUCUUCGCCCUGACUCCCUUCCUGGGACUGCAGAUAGGACUCACGCUGACGGUUCUGAUCUGGGGCUUCCUGGUCUGGUUGUAGCGCGCUUUCUGUACUAUAUGCAACGGAACCCCCUGGAUUGUGCAAUACUUCCGCUCAAAAUUCCGACCCCUAUCCUCGGUCCUAUCCCACACAAGGUUGUUCGAUUCCAUCCGUAGUUUGUUCUUAGUAGGGUAUCAUGUAUUUUACUUUUAAGUCCUCUUACACAAGCCAAGUACAAGUCAGAAAAUUGUAUCAUAAUAAUGAAAACGAUCAAAACAAAACUAGACACGACGAAUCUAUUCACACAGCAAUGCAAAAGUAGCCCAAAACUUAGUCACAUUAACUAAAGGUAAUCGUAAACAUAGCAAACGAUUGUAGAUUCUUCUAAUAAUCAGCCGGUUUUUAGUAAAAUAGUCAAAGAAUACAAAAACUAAAUGUAUAACUAUGUAACUAUUACGCAAAUAAAUAUGAGUUUUAUAUUAAGAAA